CGCUCCCAUUGCAGCGCGCGCUACGCGGCAGGCCGCAUUUAUUGCCGUGGUUUUAUUAUUAGUUGUCAACGUAGUCGCGGAAAUCGACACGCAAGCCUUGCGAUGAUGGCGAGUUCGUCCUUCGGCAUAGCAUCCAAUGAGAACGCCGAUGAGACCACAGGAACUUUACCGCGGUCCAGCACUGCUGAAGUAACGACCAAGCCCUCACACGCUGCUUGUACGGUGGCUAAAACCGCUAGGCUCAUCGCCGAGUAUUCGCAGAUGAACAUGCAAGUGUCAGAACUUCAAGCUCGGCAAGAAUUCGAGUACCUGCGGCCCAGCCGAGUAGAAAAGUUUCGGGAUGCAAUGGAUGCAUCAGUGCUUAGAUUGACCAGAGCAGCAGAGCAGUCCAAGAGUCAGCUCAGCGAAGGCCACGACAUAGUAGUCAAUAGGAAGUUGGUCAAAGAAUGCAAAUCCAUGGCGUCACUUGUGCGUGACAUUGGCAACUCUAAGCGACUCCAGAACGCCACCACUGAGGACUUGACCUGGAAAGGCUUUGACCUCGAGAAGCUACGAAUGCAGCAGGAGGUUUUGAGCGCAGCAGCAGACGGUGUCGACGCGGACAUCAAAAAGUUGCAAGAGCGCAUCGGGCAACUGUGACAAGUUUGGCUGAGUGUAGAUUGCCUUCGAGUGUUCUGUAUAUUUAAAAAAAUUAUCAGUUUCUUGUUAGUGUUCACUAAAGUGUGUGGUACAGAUGUCUGUUUUUUUUCUUCUAAGCUUUCAAAGCUGUGCGUCUUUCCUUGCACGUGUGCUUUUGCUUUGUUGUAAAGCAAAAGUCAAAUGUGUCAGUAUGUUAAUGCCCUCUAUCCCGUGCCUGGGACCACGUUUGGAAACUAUAAAUUUUAUGUUCCAUUGUUUGUGCCUUUAAUCAUUAGCUAGAACGUCGCUAUAGUGGCUUUAACGCCAUGAUUGGGUAACCAUAACAGUAAUGGGUUACUGCAGAUAGAAUCUAUACUAGUAUAUCCCGGGCACUAGGUUAUGUUUGGAACUUCUAUUCGCCAUCUUUGCUUAGACCAAGAUGCCUACACCUGUUUGUAAUUGGUUAGAGACAUUUUUAAGAGGUUUUGUGUUGGUUGGUCGGCACGAGGGAUUAGAAAACGAAUGAAAAAUGAAAUGGGAUCGUUACAAACUACAGCUGCCAGCUGUCUUCAUCUUCGGCAUUUGAUACAAAGCGUUGAGCUCAUUAAGCGGCUGACAUGA